CGGGGCACGACUGCUCUCUCGCCCACCUCCUGAAGCAGAAACUUAAGGAUUGCCCACUCAUCCACUCCCUGGCCUCCCCCCGCCUCCUGGCCGCAGCCAUGGAGUUACAGAAGGGAAAGGGGGCUGCAGCAGCAGCUGUUUCGGGAGCAGCGGGAGGUGGAGGAGGAGCGGGCGCAGGAGCCCCAGGAGGGGGGAGGCUGCUACUUUCAACCAGUUUGGAUGCCAAGGAUGAGUUAGAGGAGAGGUUGGAAAGAUGUAUGAGCAUCGUGACAUCGAUGACGACUGGGGUCUCAGAGAGAGAUGCCAAUGACGCCCUCAAUGCCUACGUCUGCAAAGGCCCCCCCCAGCAUGAGGAAGUCUGCCUGGGCCUCUUCACCCUUGUCCUCACUGAACCUGCCCAAGCACAGAAGUGUUACCGGGACUUGGCCCUGGUGAGUCGUGACGGCAUGAGUAUUGUCCUGAAUAAAAUCAACCAGAUACUUAUGGAGAAGUACUUGAAGUUGCAGGACACCUGCCGUACCCAGUUGGUGUGGUUGGUACGGGAGCUAGUGAAGAGUGGGGUUCUGGGAGCCGAUGGUGUUUGCAUGACAUUCAUGAAGCAGAUUGCCGGUGGGGAUGUUACGGCAAAGAAUAUUUGGUUGGCAGAGAGUGUUCUGGACAUCCUGACGGAGCAGAGGGAGUGGGUGCUGAAGAGCAGCAUCCUCAUAGCAAUGGCCGUUUACACGUACCUCCGCCUGGUCGUGGACCACCACGGGACCGCCCAGCUGCAGGCCCUGCGGCAGAAGGAGGUGGACUUCUGCAUCUCGCUGCUGCGGGAACGGUUCAUGGAAUGUUUGAUGAUUGGCCGGGACCUUGUAAGACUCCUUCAGAAUGUUGCCAGGAUACCAGAAUUUGAACUGCUUUGGAAAGAUAUCAUCCAUAACCCCCAGGCCUUGAGUCCUCAGUUCACAGGUAUCCUGCAGCUGCUUCAGUCAAGAACGUCCCGAAAAUUCCUAGCGUGUCGUCUGACCCCAGACAUGGAGACUAAACUCCUCUUCAUGACCUCCCGGGUGCGGUUUGGUCAACAGAAGCGGUACCAGGAUUGGUUCCAGCGCCAGUACCUGUCAACCCCAGACAGCCAGUCUCUGCGCUGUGACCUCAUCCGCUACAUCUGUGGGGUGGUGCACCCUUCUAACGAAGUGCUGAGCUCAGACAUCCUGCCCCGAUGGGCCAUCAUCGGUUGGCUGCUGACAACAUGCACGUCAAACGUUGCUGCCUCUAAUGCCAAGCUGGCUUUGUUUUACGACUGGCUGUUCUUUAGCCCAGAGAAGGACAGCAUCAUGAACAUAGAGCCAGCCAUCCUGGUCAUGCAUCACUCCAUGAAGCCCCACCCCGCCAUCACUGCCACACUCCUGGACUUCAUGUGCCGCAUCAUCCCCAACUUCUCCCCACCUCUGGAGGCCCACGUGCGGCACGGCGUCUUCUCUUCCCUCAACCACAUCGUGGAGAAACGCGUGUUGGCGCAUCUGGCUCCCCUCUUCGACAACCCGAAAUUGGAUAAGGAGCUGCGGGCGAUGCUGAGGGAGAAGUUUCCUGAGUUCUGCAGUUCACCCAGCCCCCCUGUGGAAGUCAAAAUUGAGGAGCCAGUUUCCAUGGAGAUGGACAACCACAUGUCCGACAAGGAUGAGAGUUGCUAUGAUAACGCAGAGGCAGCCUUCAGUGACGAUGAGGAAGACCUCAACAGCAAAGGUGAGACUGGCAGUGAGGGCAGGUCAGGGCACGUCAGCCCCUGGGGACCUGUUGGCAGGGGCAGCCUCUGUCACCCUCGCCUCUGUCAGUGAGCUUUUUUUUUUAAAGAUGUUAUUGGGGAAUUGGGGAAGGGCAGCGACACAGAGGCCCAGUGUGAGGUCAUGCAGGAAAUCGUGGACCAGGUCCUGGAGGAAGACUUCGACUCGGAGCAGCUGUCUGUGCUUGCAUCCUGCCUCCAGGAGCUCUUCAAGGCCCACUUCCGAGGGGAGGUGCUGCCCGAGGAGGUCACAGAGGAGUCCCUGGAGGAGUCUGUGGGCAAGCCUCUCUACCUGAUAUUCAGGAACCUGUGCCAGAUGCAGGAGGACAACAGCAGCUUCUCUCUGCUCCUGGACCUGCUCUCUGAGCUGUAUCAGAAGCAGCCCAAGAUUGGCUACCACCUGCUCUACUACCUGAGGGCCAGCAAAGCUGCCGCAGGAAAGAUGAACCUGUACGAGUCGUUUGCCCAGGCCACCCAGCUGGGCGACCUGCACACCUGCCUGAUGAUGGACAUGAAGGCCUGCCAGGAGGACGACGUGCGGCUGCUGUGCCACCUCACCCCCUCCAUCUACACCGAGUUUCCAGAUGAGACCUUGCGCAGCGGGGAGCUGCUGAAUAUGAUUGUGGCCGUCAUCGACUCCGCACAGCUCCAGGAGCUGGUCUGCCAUGUGAUGAUGGGGAACCUGGUCAUGUUUCGAAAAGACUCGGUCCUCAACAUCCUCAUCCAGAGCCUGGACUGGGAAACCUUUGAGCAGUACUGUGCCUGGCAGCUCUUCCUGGCCCACAACAUCCCCCUGGAGACCAUCAUCCCCAUCCUGCAGCACCUCAAGUACAAGGAGCACCCGGAGGCCCUGUCCUGCCUCCUGCUUCAGCUCCGGAGAGAGAAGCCCAGCGAGGAGAUGGUGAAGAUGGUGCUGAGCCGGCCCUGCCACCCCGACGACCAGUUCACCACCAGCAUCCUGCGGCACUGGUGCAUGCGGCACGACGAGCUGCUGGCCGAGCACAUCAAGUCCCUUCUCAUCAAGAACAACAGCCUCCCGCGCAAGAGGCAGAGCCUGCGGAGCUCCAGCAGCAAGCUGGCCCAGCUGACCCUGGAGCAGAUCCUGGAGCACCUGGACAACCUGCGCCUCAACCUGACCAACACCAAGCAGAACUUUUUCAGCCAGACCCCAAUUCUCCAGGCCCUGCAGCACGUCCAGGCGAGCUGUGACGAAGCCCACAAGAUGAAGUUCAGCGACCUCUUCUCCCUGGCCGAGGAAUACGAGGACUCUUCCACCAAGCCACCGAAGAGCCGGCGGAAAGCAGCUCUUUCCAGCCCCCGGAGUCGGAAGAACGCCACACAGCCCCCCAAUGCUGAGGAAGAGUCAGGUUCCAGCAGUGCCUCGGAGGAGGAAGACACAAAGCCGAAGCCGGCCAAGCGGAAACGGAAGGGGUCGUCCGCGGUGGGCUCCGACAGCGACUGAGGCUCCUGGUUGGACUGCCCCCCCCCCUCCUUGGUGAAGCAGAGGUUUCAGAGGGGCUGCGGAGCCAACGGGAAACACCCUCUCCCCAUCCCCGAACUCACUCACGCGGUGAGACGCCUGAUAAGCUGCUGUGCAGCCCCAGCCCCUCCUCCCCUGCGGGGCCUCCAGCCCCAUUCCGCGGCGGCUGCUUGGCUUCCACGGAAGCCAGAGGCUGUGCGAGGCCCCCGCCCCCUCUCCCGCCUCCCAAAGAUCUGUUUCAACCAAAAGGAGAAACGGCAGAGGGGCAGCUGGCCUGAGGUCCUGGGAUGAGAGGACAGCCUUGCGCGCGUGGGUGUCCCUCCCGACUUCCCCUUCAGGUCUGGGUUCGCCCUGAACAGGCGUUUAAAGAAAUGGGCAUUGAAUGGCUGGCGCCCGUUCCUCUCCCUGGGGCACACGCCAGUGCUCAGGAAAGAACCUGCGAGGGAGGCCUCAGCCCCACCUGGUGUGCCCUGGAGGCUGGUGUUGGUCUGAGGUUGGCACCUCGGGCUGAGUCCCAGCGAGUCCCAGACACGUUCCACAGACUGUUAAAUGGUCCCACUUUUUUGGUUGUUGUCUUUUUCUUGGCAGAGAUAAUCGUGUUUUAAAAAGUUGUUUUUAAAUGACAAUAAAACAAGUCAGAACCUC